AGCUGGGAAAAAAAAAAAAAAAAGACAGGAUAGAGACAGCAGCAGACAGAGGGGAGGGCUGAUUCAACGCUUCACUUUCCGCUGAGUUUCAUAGCCCAACAGGAGUAAGUGUACAUAAACUUCUCCUCCUUCUCUGUGGGUGACCCAGACAGGGGUCCUCUCUCCCUCGAGCCCCGCCUCGGGCCCGCAGCAGCAGCAGCAGCACACCUGGACACGGUGCGGCGGCAGGUAAAGGUGUGGAGGACUUUGGUGUCAAAGACGGCGUGUGAGGCGAACAGACUGGGCGGAGGAGGUUUGUGACGGAUUUUCGCGGAGGAUCCCCGUCUCUGAAAAAGAGAAACAGGUAGCAUGGGGGAGACACCAGUCAAAGAAGACAGUACAGUCAUCACACGAUCAGCAGAGUAUUUGGGCUCGUUUCCUGUGGAUGACCGCUGUUUGGAUGACCAGAUAGAACAACUGCACACACAGCUGAAGGCUCUUAAAGCAUGCAAGAAGAGGAGGCCCGUGUCCAUCAAAUUCUCCAUAAAAGGUGUGAAAAUGUAUGAUGAGGAUGAAACGACACUCCUAAUGGCUCACGCUCUGCGCAGAGUCUCUCUCUCCACCGCCCGGCCGUCAGAUGCCCAGUUCGCCUUCGUCUCCCACAACCCAGGAAGCCCCGACGCCCAGCUGUACUGCCACGUCUUUAAAGCAAGGCACGCCAGAGCAGCACAGUUCCUGAACCUGGUGCUUUGCCGCUGUUUCCAGCUUUCUUAUUUGGAGAAGCACCCAGAGGAGGCCCAGGAAGACUCUGUGGGCUCCCUGCCUCGUCGCAACCCCUCGCUGCUCAACCACGGCUUCCCUCUCAGUGUCAGCGCCCUGGUGUCUUUCAGAAGAGCGCCUUUCAGGGGCUUGUUUCCCGGGACUAAGAAGAAUCAAAAGUCUUCCGAUGACCAGCUCAGCCGCCAGGAUGAAGUCCUCCCCACCUCCUCUCCCUCUCUUGUGCGCAAGAAAGCCAUCCGCAACAAAGUACUGCGCUCUGGAGCUUACCGCUCCUUCACUUUCACACCGCUCAAACAGCGAAGCGUUCAGGAGCGACUGAGCGCGUCACAAGGAAAAGAAGACAAGACUCAGAAAAAGAGAUCCCGGUCUCUGAGCUUGGCCGAAACUGAAGAAGCACUGACUCAGGCAGUGUGGUGUUGGGAUGGUAUCGCAACUGACAGCAGCUAUGCCCUGCUUGCGGAAGAUGUUCUGGGAUCAUAUCUCCUAUGCCCACAUCCUAAGAAACCCAAAUGUGGCUCUCUUAUCAUUCGAUUGCCCUCCGGCCUGAUCACCUACCUCAUAGGAAACACUCGCAAAGGGAAGUUCCUGCUGGAGAAAUGUAAGACUGAAUUCAGUUCGAUAGCAGAAAUGAUCGAACACUACACAGAGUAUCAGGGCGAGCUGCAGUGUCUGCUGAGCUGCGCCCGGGUUAACCACUGCUAUGAGUGGGAGGAAAAUACCAACAAACAGCAGGCCGUGAAGCCGUACAAGAGCCUGCACAAAGCCAAAGGCAAAAGUACCCACAGGAAGGAAUGGGUUUAGAUCCAAGACUGUGGAACUGCCAACGUCAGAGAAUCCAAACCAAGUGACACUUUCUUUGUUCUUUUGCACAUAUCUUGUUUCAUGAUCACUUGUGGUGUUUUGGGCUGCUUUGCUAUUUGUAUAACACCAUGAAAACUAAUAACAGGCACUUCAUGUAAAUAGUUUACAAGUCAUUUUGUCAAAGGGUAUGUAUUCUUCAAAGAUGUUAUCUUUUGUCCUGGCUGCUUUUGUAUUUUAAAUAUAACUUUUUAAUAAUGUGGGUUUUUUUUUUUGUGCCUUCAAGGCCUCAGAAUAUAUUUGUGUUUUUUACGACAAGCAAGAACCUGAAAGAGAGAGUGCAAGGGUGUAAAUGAUCUCACAGGUCUUUGUACCCGAUAGCAAAGUGGUGACUCUUCUUUUAUUAUUCUUGCAUUGUAAACAUGAGAGUUAUAUUUUCUUAAAUUGUGUAGUAAUAUAGCUUUUUAAUCUCUCUUAUUUGUUACUCUUAGUGUGUAAGACAUAAAGGGUAUAGACCAGGAGAAAGUCUGAGCUGUAAUACAGGAUCAGCGCUGUGAUAUUUUAGAACUUGUCACUUUACUAUUAGUGCGUUAAUGACAUGGCCUAUAAAAAGGGGGAAAGCUUGGCUGUGUUGAAAGGUUUGCAGUCAAACUCACACUCUUAAAUUACUGGAAAUAUAUUAUGCAGUUCAAUAUGCCUGAUUAUAGCUGCUGUUUGAAUUCUGGUCCCACCCCCUGGGAUUUGUUUUAUCAUGUGACUGUCAGUGACAUGUUUUUUUUUUGUCUUGUCCAAAAGGCUGCAUUACCUGUUUUUAUUUGAGCACUUGUCUCUUUCAUAUGAGGCCAACUUGAUAUUUUCAAUGUCGUUCGUCCCUGUUUGAGAUUAAAUGACAGGUGAGUGAAACCCCACCCUGCUUCAA